AUGACUCGGGUGGCACUGGAAAGAGAGAAGUAUGCGGAAAUCAAGAAGCCAGACAAACCACUUAGUGGUGAGGAAAUAGAGGCCAUCUUGCAGGAUAAGCUUGUCAAUGUAUUUCGAAAGAAGGCGUUCAAACCGCUGCAGAAGGAAGCAUGCGCCGAGGCAUUAAAAGGCAAAGACAUUCUCGCCUGCUUCCCAACUGGGUACGGGAAAAGUCUGCUCUAUCAAUUGCCAGCCGUGGCCGCGUGUGAUGGUGGUGUUACGUUAGUCAUUUCUCCGCUACUAGCGCUCAUGGCUGAUCAAGUGCGAGCGCUGUGCGAGAUAGGCAUCGACGCCAGACUCUUCAACUCGUCGGUCGCCACACACCAGGUAUUUAUCGACGUUGUCAGAUGUGCCGCGCUAAAGCGGAUGUCGCUGAUGAAUGAACUCAUGACGUCAAAUGUGAAAGUGAAACUACUGUUUGUGGCUCCUGAGGGUCUAUCGAACACUGCGCUGAUGCUGUGCCUUGAGCAUUUGCAUCGCAAAGGUAAAUUUGCCAGGAUGGUGGUGGAUGAGGCGCAUUGCAUAUCCUCCUGGGGCCAUCAGUUCAGACCCGCCUAUCGUAAACUCUCCUGGCUCAAGCGCAAGUUCGAGUUGCCUAUCACCGCACUGACGGCCACAGCGACACGACGCGUCCAGGACGAUAUUUGCUUGUGCCUGCGGUUGAAUGCUGUGAAGUUCAUUGGCAGCACGAGAAGGAAUGAACUGUUCUAUGAGGUGGCCAACAAAGGUACCGACUCGGAGAGCCAGCGCGAUGUCAGCAAGUACAUACAAAAGAUCAAGCGCAACACCCUGAAGGACUGUGACGCAUUCAGCGGGAUCGUUUACUGCCACACCCGCGAUCAAUGCCAUGUGAUGGCGCAGGUGCUGAGUAACGGCGGAGUGGUGGCCAAAGCCUACCAUGCGGGACUGGGUGUGAAGGAACGUGCACGAGUGCAACAGGCGUGGAUGGAGGGGGCCGCGGAGGUGGUCUGUGCCACCGUCAGCUUUGGCAUGGGCAUCGACAAAACCAACGUGCGUGUGGUCGUCCACUAUUCACUGAGCAAUUCUCUGGAGUCGUAUUAUCAGGAAGCUGGGCGAGCGGGGCGAGAUGGUAAAAGAGCUUUUUGUCGGCUGUACUACUGUACCAAAGAUGCCGAGACCAGGCGCUAUCUACUGAUGAAAGAGCUGCAGCUCCAGAAAGAUAAGAAUCGGAAGCGAAAAUCGACUGCAGACACUGGCAGUGACAAACGAGUCAAGUCGUUGAAUAGAAUUGGGAAAAUCACGGACGCCAUUCCCACAGAGGAAUCCGCAAACAACGAUAUUGAACCUGCCCCUGAACCCACCGGGGAACUUACCAACUCGCGCGACGCAAUACAAUCGCUAAACAGGAUGAUACGCUACUGCGAGACGCUCAAAUGUCGCCACGUGGCCUUCUCAGCGCACUUAGGUGACCUUGACGAUUAUAGUUUGCAAGAUUGCAAGCUACACUGUGACGUGUGUGCAGCACAGUGAUCUUAUCCCACAAAUACUCGACGUCGUCUUGUAGAACCUG